UGUAAAAAAAAAACUUAGCGUACCUUAAUUUCUCUCUUCUUUUGCCCUCAAAAUGUUGCGUUAAAGGCCCAAGACUUGGUUCUUUUGUGCCUAAGUAUUACAAGGAACCUAACUUGUGAACCUAAACUGCUUUCAAAGAGAAGUUUCUCUAUCUAUAUCACACACACACAAAAAUCUAUCUUUCUCUUUCAGUGGUAACUUCUGCUCACCAUUAAGGCAAGUUUAUAUAUUGUGCUCCUCUAACAAUAUCAAUUGCUGCUACAAAUAUCUCUUAUUUCCACAAGUUUUUUACACAUUUAGGUUUUCCUCAAACUUUGAAAAAAGGGUAACCGAAUCUGCACUUUCACACAACAUACCCAUUUCUUUUUUUUUCAUGUGAUGUGAGAAUUUUGGGUGAGAAUAAGAUGAAGACUAUAAGUGGUUUAGGGAUAGGGUUGAGUUUGGUGUGUGUGUUUCUUCUAUUAGCACUUGUUGCAGAGGUCUAUUACCUUCUGAGAUGGAAGAAGAAGAUCAUCAGCCAAGAAAGCGAAGAAGAGAAAGAAGAAGAGCAACAACAGGUUGGGUACGCUAAGGAACUUAUCCAGCUCUUCUGCUUCAAAAAGCCUGAGGCCAACAAUGGCGGAAGAGAAGUGGAAAUCUCGAGAAAACAAGAUUUAGAACUAGGGUUUGAAGCAGAGCUAAUGAAGCUUCAUAACCACAGGCUUCUCUUCACAAUCAUCGAAGAGACAAAAGCAGAUUUGGAAUCUGAUGAUGGGAAAUCAAGACUAGGCUCAAGGUCAAGAACAAGGAGCCUGAGUGAUCUUCCGCUUGGAGUAAAUGAUUGUACUACCCCUGGCUUCACUCCAUUGGCUUCUCCUGCUACACUAACCUCAUCUCCCUUGGAGUCUUACUCGCACCAUGGAUUCAAUCCUCUGUUUGAGUCAGAUGGUGAGCUUGAGUUUAACAAGUUUUUCAGGUCGUCUUCUUCUUCAUCUCCUCCGCCUAAGUUCAAGUUCUUGAGGGAUGCUGAAGAGAAGCUGAGGAGGAGAUUGAUGGAAGAAAACAAAAGCAGAGAGUAAAAGUCGGCUGUAACAGAGGGUUCGUUUCUGAAGUUCAUGAAUCCUGCGAUGAUGAACAGAGAGGAGAAACAGAGUAGUGAAGAAUCUGAUGAGACGGUGUCGUUUUGUCCUUCUUCUUCAUGUACAAAUCUUAGAACGUUAGACCAGAGGUCCACACUGGUUGUUUAGUAGUUAGACCUCUCUUGUUCUACUCCUUAAUUUUAUUUUAUUUUGGUUGAAAACUUUAUAAGAAUUUCAAUUUUAAUUGUGUGAAUUAUU